CACUGUAAGGCCGCCACUAAACGCCAAACACCCGAGUUAGAGAAAAGGUUUGUUGUUGGGUUGGGGAAGCCUGGGAGAGGGUGAGACAGUGUGGGGGAGGGAAAUAGGAGUAGAGAAUCCCACUAGGAUAGGGGUGGAGCUGACACUGGUGUUUGGGCCAUGGGGCUUAGGACCAAAGCAAUGUGCAAUGUGUGAGGGGGCACAGACAGCGCCACAGAUAGUACUACGCCAGUUUACACACAACGCACCCAUCAUCCUUAGGAUGGGAGGCCUCACUUCCAAGACCGGCAGUACUCCAUUUUCCACACUUCUGCCCGAGGAUGGGUUCUGUGCUAACUCUGGGGGCACUCGGCCUCACGGCAUUCGUGACUUAGGACCUGAGAUGGGUGGAGGCUGCUGGCCCGGCUGCGAGGCCCUUAGCCUUCUGAGGUUGGGUGGGUUUGGAGCACGUUGGACACCGGGGAGGCUUCGGCGCCGCCCGCUUGGCCUGUGUGGGGUGGGGCCUCGCGUCACUUGGGUGGGACAGUCUGGGCGCAUUCAUUGGGCCCCGCCCCUGGAAUCCGGAUCGCCUUACUUCCCUGGUGGCUGGGGGGCGGGUUCAGUGCGGGGUGACGUCAGGACGCCAGCUCCUCCCUACGCCAGGGGUGGGAUCUGAAGACCGCUGCCGUUAAGGGCAUGGGGGCUCAGCCGAGCAGUGGCCAAGGCGCUCCGGAGCCGGCGCAGCCCCAGCCCGCAGCGCUGGAGGGCCCGGAGCAACCACGGCCCCCGCCGCAGCCGCAGCCCGAGCCUAGCGCAUGGGGGCCGCUGGAUGACGUGCGUUUCCUCAUCGCCUGCACCUCCUGGUACUGACUGGGCCGCUGGAAGAUGAAGCCGCCCCCCUCACCCCCCGCCAGCAGCUGUCUCUGCACUUGGACUCCCUUGCGUGGUCUGGUCUCCUGUCCCCACGACCCCCUGUCUUCCUCACUCCUCUCCCAGUGUCGGGCAGAAAAUUGCAAGAGGGCGUAGGGGCUUGGAAGCAGGGCCGCCGCCUCCGGCACGUGAACUGCCUCAGUCCCUGAAUUUGUUUGCCUUCCAGCCUGUACCCAAUCCCAGCCCAGACCUUCGUGCUCAGCCCCAACCCAUUUUGGGGCCUGGGGCAACAACCUCCCUGAGCCUGAACCAGAACCAGGUCAGGCCUUUGGCAGUCCCAGCGAGCGCAGCAUGUACCACAGUGACCCUAAGGGGGGUUGCGCCCCCCGCUGGUCUGGCAGGUGAGAUGUGGGGAGCACCACCCUGUUCCCCCAGAACCUCAUCUUUGUUCCCACAUCCCAGGGAAACGACACAACUCUGUAUUUCUGUUUUAUUUAGAAAUGAUUUAAAAAACAUUAUACAAAGGCUGAUCAGUUUAAA